AUGCAGCUUGAGGUUACCUUGAAUGAGCUCCUGGUAUUGGCGGAGGGCCUUGUGAUGUGGUGUGGCAGCGUGUGCAAGGACUGGUCGCCGAUGUCCUCACAGAGUGGCUUCUCAGGAAAAUGGAUGCCGUUGUUCGGUGUCAUGAUCGGCUUGGUUCGUUUGCUGAAGCCACGCUGUUUCUUCCACGAGAACUCUUCAAAGUUCGACUCGUCGGUGUUCCAAGAACUGUUGAAGGAUCUCGGCUUCCAGCUACACCAUGAGAUCCUUGACCCACGCGACUUUGGGAUGCCAGUGCGACGUCCUCGAGCUUGGGAUUGCAUUCUACGAAAGGAUGUUGGAUUGAUCAAGGAGCUCUACGAGUUGCAGAACUUCAAGUCGCCAGUGGUGCUGGAUGCUGGCGCAUUUGCGCUGGCCAGUGACGAGGAGGUGGCGGCGGUCAAACGCCGCAUGGCCAUGACGGCGAUGCAGGGGAUCAGUGAACCGUUCUCCAACUUGCUCCCACCAGGAGCAAUGUCAAAUCUGACAAAGUAUCGGGCACUGGCCGCUGACCUGCUGGGCCGUCAUUUGGAAGUCGCUUGCAACCUAGACCAAAAUCCUGAAUGUAUGCCUCAUUGGGGUCGCCAGAUGCCGGUGGUCUUAGCCAGCACCACAAACAUGUGGCUCCUCAAGCAGAACAGGCCACUGACAGCAAAGGAGCUCCUGGCAUCACAAGGGGUGCCCAUCUAUGAGAGGUUGUGGAGGCUGGCAGGCUUCACCGCUCCUCCGGUGAACGUUUCCGCCGUGAAGGAGUCGGCGGUGCGUCGUAUGGCAGGCAACUCCUUCAACCAAGCAGUGGCCAUAAGUUUCCUGAUGUUCAUCAUGGCCAACUUGCGGCCAGUGGAGCCACCAUGA